AUGAAUAGCGAUGAAAUAAUAUCUGUCGUUGCUGACAUUGGCAAUCUCUACACAAGAGCAGGAUUUACAGGAGAUGACUUCCCCAGAUGGAGUACUUUCACAAAAUGCACUGAGACAAUGCAAUUCGGAGAUGAAGCAUUAGGGUGUGGGAAUGGUCAGGUAUUGGACAUAUUACAACCAUUCAAUCCUGAUUUAUAUGAGAAUCUAUUGAAGAAGAUGUUUGAGAAGGUGGGAGUUCAAUCGAAGGAUUAUAGUUUGUUGUUGGCCAAUAAUUUUCAGACUAAACAUGAUUUAUAAAAGGUGGUCGAAAUAUUAUUUGAGAGUGUGGAAAUCCCUAAUUUCUUCACCAUUAGGAAUGCAACCUUGUCAACAUUUUCAGCAGGGCGUUCAACAGCAUUGAUUUUAGAUAUUGGUGCCUAUUCAACAACUGCCUCUGCUGUUCAUGAUGGCUAUACAUUAUUAAAAACCCAAAUUUAAGCGCCAAUCGGAGGAGAAAUACUCAAUGAGCCAUUUAGAUAAUUUGUGGUUGGAGAAUAUAAUCAAUUCAAAAAAACCUGUUUAGCCAGAGACAUUAAAUAAGGUCUAUUAACAUAUGAGCAAAUUGAUUCGUCAUAAUAAUACGAAUUGCCCGAUGGAAAGUUUAUUACCAUGUAGUAAGCAUAGCUUUCGGAGAUUGCAGACAAAUUAUUUAAUAGUAAUGACAAUUUCAAAGGCAUCCAACAUAUGUUAUUAGACAUAAUUAACAACUCUGCCAAUGAUAUCAAAUAAUAAUUGUGUUCUACUGUGAUUUCAACUGGAGGAUCAUCGAAUAUUCCUGGGUUUUUGAAUAAAUUGCAAACCACCUUGUCUGCUUUGGCACCACCAAUGUGUAAAGUUAAAUUAGUAAUGUAUCCUUCUAAUUAAAAUCGCUAUCAUUCAGUGUUUAUUGGAGGGUCCAUUUUGGCAUCAUUAAGUUCUUUUCAGUCUCUUUGGGUGUCUAAGAAUGAAUACUAGGAGUCAGGCAGAUUCAGCAUAAUAGAAAGAAAGUGUCCUAAUUGA